CAGAUUUUUAUGAACAUCAAAAACAAGGAGCCAAAAUUCCCAAAAAAACUGGAUGAAGACGCCACUAGUCUUAUACGUAAACUCUUGAGGAAACAACCAGACAUACGGCUUGGAGCAAGCGAACGUGAUGCAGAAGAACUAAAGGAAUGUUCGUUCUUUAAGGAACUGGACUUUAACGCCCUUUCGAAAAAACUCAUCAAACCCCCGAUCAUUCCCAAACAGAAAACACCCGGAUGUUUCCGUAGAGUAUUUUCUAGAAGUCCAAGACAGGCUGUAUUAUCAGGAGAACGAUAUAAACCAGCACUUAAAUUUGUGGAGAAGGAAUUAGGAAACUUUGCUUGUUCUCCACUUUCACAAUGAUGGAAUGCCGACCAUCUUCACCAGGGUUGGACUGGGGGAACCCCCUCUGUCCUCCCUUUCUGAGCCGGCGUGCUGUGCUGCGUGUGCAUGAGCGCCGCGUGUGUUGUCCUUUGUCAGGCAAUAGCAGCAGGAAGAAGGUGCGGAUCUGACCCACAAGGGCCAGGGGCCCACCGGGUUUUUUCCCGGAUGUCCCACCCAACACUGAAAUCCUGGCAAAGAAAAGGUACAGAAUAUCAUUGUGGUAAAGAACGGGACAUCGAUGUGGUCAAGAUUAGACUAGAAGAAGAGCUUACAAGGUGGCCAGGUGUAGAAGACAGGCCUAGGAAGAGGAACAAGCUACUAUGACUUACAAUAAUCCCCAUUUUUAUUUAAAAAACCCUCCCUAACCCCCCCUUAGCCUACUGUUCCCUCUAAUGAUUGGCACCAUUACUGCCCAGUGGCCUCUCAAGCAGUCGGCUGAGGGGGUGUUGGUGCAAUAAAUCAAUAGGUUCUCCAACCUGUUGAUUCAUUGCAACGACCCCCAAACCCAGUUUAAUGGCAGGCCAUAGAGCCAAAGCAACUGGGCAACAUUCAAACUCGU